CAAGACCCGCAAGCCCAAACAUGUUCACGGGAACCCUAAUCUGAAACUACUUUAGCUCUGCACUGCCACGGCUGACAAAAUAGCGACGCGGAAACCCGCUCGUCUUAAGCCACGCCGGUGAAGAAUCGUGCGAUUCGUCUGGAAAUCGCGAUUCAAGCACGAUUCAGGAACAAAAACGAGACAACCUCGGAUUCGUAUCGAAUCGUGCGAUACGUAUCGUGAAUCGUACGAUACUAACUACCAUGCUUAAAUGUAUAAAUGUGUACAUGAAGCAAAUGAAGAUUGUUUCAGUUGCAGUUAGGUCAAUCAGUGCUAAUUUGCCAAACCAGUUUCAUCAGAGCCACUUGCUCAGAAGUCUUUCCACUUGGAAAUUUACAGAUAAUGCAACUGGUAAUCGGCAGUUUAACAAUUCAGAAUCUCCUGAGGAGUCUGAGCAGUUUGGUGGAAAUCGUGGGAAAUAUGCCCAACUUGAUUCCAUAUUUGAAAAGUUUAAUCAACAGGGAAUGGCAAGACAAAGACCUGGUUCAGUAAAUGGUGCUAGUUCUGAGAGGAUGCACGAUCUAGAAGAAACUUAUGACACAUUAACUGAUGGAAUGGAUGGAAAACUGAUGAAUGCUGCCACAUACUUUGAAUUUGAUGAGGAUGAAAUUGAAAAAGAAGAUUAUGCAUUUCGAUAUGAUGCCAAUUUUCCACUUGGUUCAAAAUAUGAUGUAAAGGAUCUGGAUCUUACAAAACCUGGUGUACACAAGCCCCCCAAAAGGGAGGAAUUCACAACAACCACCAAAGAAGUUCUUAGUAAAGCAGAUUUCAGGAACGUUAGAUUCUUGGCAAAGUUCAUAACAGAGGCUGGAAUUCUUAUCAAGAGAAGCCAGACUGGCAUUAGUGCAAAGGCUCAAAGGAAGGUCGCUAGGGAGAUAAAAACUGCACGAGCAUUCGGCUUGAUGCCCUUUACAACAAUGGGUACGAAGUCUUUUGUUUUUGGGAGAACUAUGCAGAAUCUUGAUGAAGACUUUGCAUAUCAAAGUAGGGUGGCGGAUAUGGAUGGGGAACCUGAUAUGGAAGGAGACCAUGCUUAGAACAUUGAUAUAGGUACUUAUGCUUGGGGGGGGGGGGGGGGGGGGGGGGUUGAAGCAGCUUGCAUCAUCUCAUCAACCUUUUUAUUAUCUGUUUCUCUCCUUGUCCAAGAAGACUUGAAAUUUAUUGUUUUAAUUUUGCAGCUAGACAUUUUUUGUAUUACUAAGGAGCUUGUAGUUUAUACUUGUGCUAAGGUUAUGUUCGGUCUAUUUUUUUGUCCCAAAAGUUACUUUAAAAUUAAAAUAAAGUAGAAGUUUGACAAA